UAUGGGUGUCUGUGUAAUCGCGACGAACGUGUUAGACAUUUGCCAAAGUUUUGAUGAUGAUCGAAGCGUCGUACGAUGAACGUAGUUAAAGAGUCGUUAUUUCAUCUACCAGUUAAAUAAAGAACUGUUCAGCUAAUAGUCAUGCAUCAGGCAGUAAUUAUUCAGUCGGUCCAUUAUAAUCACUUAGUCAAAAUCAUUCAGAUGAGCGUGAGACGAACGAACGAACCUGACAUUUGCCAGAGUUUAUCUGAUAAAAGCGUUCAAAGAGAACGGGCCCGCGAGACAAAUAAGACACAGUAGACACAGGGAGAGCCAACGAUGAUGAUGACAUCGGAUUACUAGUGGCCCCUCUAACCACCCACGGGAAAGAAAUAAAUUCGUGUGACCCUCGGUGAUGUUAUAACGGAUAUUAGGAGACUAUUAAGAGCCAUGGCGACCAGUCUGCAAGCGGAGGACUUCACCGUGAACAGCACCAAUUCCGAAGUGAACGGAAUAGCGAAGGAUACCGAAGUGCUGGUGGGAGUUAGCAAAAAGGAGGUUCGAGAUCCAAACACUCAAGUUCAAAAACGUGCAAGUAAAUUCCGUGAACGAGCUCCGUUAUUAUCACAAAGAAGAUUGUUUCGAAGCUUGAGUGGGAGGGAGAUAUCUAAUGUCAAUGGCUCUGAAGAAAAUGUUUCAUCCAAUAGAACACUGGGCACUUUUGACGGUGUAUUUGCACCAGUUUCUCUCUCCCAGUUCAGUGCACUCCUUUUCCUGCGUGUUGGUUUUAUCAUUGGCAACAUAGGCUUGCUGUAUGCUUGCUGUACACUGACGCUGGGAUACUCAAUACUUUUAGUAACCAUCCUUUCCAUUUGUGCCAUUUCAACGAAUGGGGCCGUUGAGGGUGGUGGAGCGUACUUUAUGAUCAGCAGAACACUAGGGCCAGAGUUUGGUGGUGCAAUUGGAGCCCUGUUCUUCUUUGCUAAUGUCUUCAGCAGUGGCCCCCUUUAUUUUGCAGCUGGCUGUGUGGAAGGCAUUCUUGACAGUUUUGGGACGGAAGGAGGGAGGGAUGUUCGCAAAUUAACUGUUGUCAUUUUUGCCACUGUCCUCAUUUGCACUGGGUCUGUGAUCAUCAGCUUUGCAAUUGAUAAAGGGCAGCAGGUACCAAUUCCAUUUAAUAAUAAAAUCAUAUACCCCGGCAAUAGUUCAUUGAAUGAGAGUUUCAUUAUUAACGGAACCUACACGGGCUUCUCGUUGACAACGCUGAAUGACAACCUAUUCCCAAACUUCACCUAUGACUACACAACAGUGGAUGAUGCAGAUGACCUUCCACAGACGGUUGACUUUGCAACCUUGUUUGCCGUCUUAUUCAGCGGUGUUACUGGAAUCAUGGCUGGUGCUAAUAUGUCAGGAGAACUGAAAGAACCUGGUAAAAGCAUCCCAAGAGGAACUUUGCUGGGCUCGCUGUUUACGUUCCUGGUAUAUCUGUUGCUGUUUUUGCUAACUGCCUCGACUUGCAGCAGGUUUUUGUUGAACAACAACUAUACCUUUAUGAUGGCUAUCAAUUUCUUACCCCAAUUUGUCACAAUUGGUAUCGUAACAGCCACCAUGAGUGCAAGUUUGAGCAAUAUCAUUGGGUCCUCAAGAAUUUUGGCUGCAUUGGUGAAAGACAAUAUUUAUGGUCGGCUAACCUUCUACAUUGGAAAGAUAUCGAUAGGAACUAAUCCAGUUGGAGCUGUACUUGUGUCUGCUGUACUGGUGGAAUUAGUACUGCUAAUUGGUGGGCUGAAUGAGAUUGCCCAGUUCACAUCGAUAUUUUUCCUCUUAUCUUACUUGGCUACAAACAUGGCUUGUCUGGGCUUAGAAUGGGCCAGUGCGCCUAACUUUAGGCCAACUUUUCGAUACUUCACAUGGUGGACGGCGAUUCUCGGGAUUAUUGGUAAUGGUGCCAUGAUGUUUGUGAUCAGCGCAGCGACUGCAGGGAUAUGUAUUAUAAUAUUGUUGAUACUGAUAAUCAUACUUCAUCUGCAGUCUCCGUCAGAACAGAACCAGUGGGGUUCCAUUUCUCAAGCACUAAUAUUCCAUCAGGUCCGUAAAUAUUUACUGCUUUUGGAUUCUCGAAAAGACCACGUGAAAUUCUGGCGGCCGCAGAUGUUACUCAUGGUUGCAAAUCCCCAGUCAGCUUGUCCACUUAUAGAUUUCACCAAUGACCUGAAGAAAUCUGGUUUAUACGUUUUGGGUCACGUAAAGGUGGGCAAUUAUGAAGAAAACACCAGAGAUUUUGCAUCGGAGGAAAAUCCGAAGUGGAUGGCGCUUGUUGACCACUUAAAGGUAAAAGCAUUCGUUGAGAUUACAGUUGGUCGCAGUGUAAGAGAAGGCUUGCACCAUUUAGCACGGAUUUCUGGCCUUGGUGCAAUGAAGCCAAAUACAAUUCUCUUUGGUUUCCCUGACAGUACCCCAUCACAAAAUUUCUUCACCAGAGAAUCUUCACCUUUCAACAUAACCAGCUACCAGGCAACUUCUCCAAGUUCCUCCUCUCCAGCACUAAUACUCAGUAGGCCAGCUCAUGAAUCCAUUUCCUCCGAAGAGUUUGUGUCCAUGGUCAGAGAUGUUCUUCUGCUUGGGAAAAACAUUUGUGUUUGCCGUCACUUCCACUUGAUGGAUAAAGUAACAAUGCUCAAGAAGGGAAAGCGUAAGUUCUUCAUUGAUGUUUGGCCAACAGAUUUCUUUAAUCCUGAUGAAUCUAACAUAUUUGGGACAACCUCUCUCGUUCCUAUGCAGUUAGCAACCAUUUUAAACAUGGUAUCUUCAUGGCAAAAGAGGACAGCUUUACGUGUUUUCAUAUGCGUUUCAUCUCGUGAUGCUGACCCGGAGGCACAGAAGAAACAGGUGAAGAAUAUGUUGCUAGAUUUAAGGAUCAAUGCUUCCAUCAUCAGUGUACCCUGGGAUCGUGUAGCUAUGCAUCUGUCAGAGAAUAACUUUGAGACAGAAUCAACGGAAGAUAGGAUGGACUUUGGUCUUUCUCAUUUAAGUGAAAGUUACAUAAGUGGAGUGAAUAACAUGAUCAUGGAGCAGAGUGUCGACACUGCAGUCACUUUCCUGAGUCUUCCGCAGCCUCCUGAGGACAGAAGUCAGUAUCCUAAGUAUCUCAAAUUGAUGACUGAUAUGACCAAUAAUCUAAGGCCAACUAUCCUGGUUCAUGGCGUGUCUGCUGUCACCACAACCAAUCUGUAGCUGCAUCUCGGGGAUGAUCAGGUCAUUUGCAAUUCUGCAGUGGUUGUAAGCUGAGUAAAACUUAAAUUCCCUCCAUAAAUCGUUUUUUUAGUGAGACAUUCGUAUUUUAACUUAAAAGCAUUCCCCAAUACAAUUAAACCAGUGAAAAGAAUAAGGAAUACAGCCGUUUCUUUUUGCGCUAUCAAGAAGUGUCAUAUCAUUGCCAAAUUCUAUGAGUCUCUGAACACUUGAUUGUCCAACAUGUAUUUCAGAAGUUGAUUUAUCUCAGAAGAAAGCAAUACUUUAAAAUUACCACAAUUUAUUUUACUUGAUCAUUGCAUUUAAAUGCCAGUAUCAUUAGUACAACUCGGUUGUCUGAGACUUUUAAGUUCCUCAAUAUUUUUUUUUAAGAAAAUUGAACCCAAAAUCUUUUGAUGCUUCAACAUUUUUUCUGUGUACUGUAUAUAGUGAUGGCUUGACAUGGUUAUUUAUGAUUAAUUGACUGAUUUUAAAUAGUUUUAUCUUGUUUUAUACAUUAUAAUAAUAUCACUGUUCUUCCAUUUUUAAAUAUCCAGAAUUAGGUUGUUAUCAGAGUGCUGGGGAAGGUGAAGCCCCCCUGACUUAAUUUAUUGUAGUGGUUUUGUUUGCCGGUUGUCUUGUCAUGAGAUAUAUAUUUGCAUUUUAUAGUUGAAAGUGUUUUGAAAAAGUUUCAUUCAAAAGUUUAUUGUAAACACAUAUCCUUAUUUAAACGUAAGUAAGUUUAUAGGAUAUGAGGUCUAAUUCAGUACAUUAGUUAUUUAAAGAUGAGGGUAAUAGUUAACCCACAGUUUUAUGUAGUAAUGCUCUCUUAGUGUAAUGAUUAUGUACUCUACAUUAGGGAAUAACUAUAAUUAUUGAAGAGCUCUUUAAAACAAUGUACAGUUUUGAUGUAUAUGUGCAUUCUCAAUCAUUUUUAUUUUUUACAUUUUCAACUAUUAGGAUGUUUUAAUAGCCUGGUUAAGCUACCUAAUCUAAUAAUAGUGAGUAAUAAUUAUAAUUGUAAUAAGCUCUUUACUGGUUUAGUUUUCUCAUGACACACAUUUUAAUUUUAAAUUUAGUUUUAAUUCUAGCAUUCAUUUAAAAAAUUCUCACAGGUUUUUAGAAUAUUCUGUAAUCAUUGUAAUGAUUGGUGGAUUGUGCAAAAACAUUUAAUCACUAAAACCCUCGUGGAAGGUUCUCACAGUAACAUUUUCAUCUCUUAAGUCCUUAGAAAGAAAAUUUUCCUCUAACAUUCCAUCACCAGAUCCUUGUAGAAUGUUCUUAGCAAAACAUUCCUCAGUUUCAUUCUCGUAAUGCGUGAGAGGUUCCCACAUGAACAUUUCAAGAAACAAUCAGGCAUUACAGUUAGAGAUUCCCAUAGAAACUUCUCCACUGUGAUCAGUGUUAAAUAUCUUUACCUGGAAUUAUAUGUGAAAUUUUCAGAAUAUUUAAGUUAGUAGCCAUUGUGAGAGUCAUCCUCAUGUAAAUUCUGAGGGCGACCCCAUGCAUUAAAGUUCGUCUCUGAUGAUGUGUUUCUUACGGGUUUGUAUAGAAGCUCUCCAUUUUUAUUAAUCCAUUUGAUGAUUUCAUUUCUCCUCAUUUGUAACCUCGAGAAGGUCAUGAAGGUUUUCAUUGCUGAUAUCAUUGCGAGAGGUUCUCGCUAAAACAUUCACAGGUUGAACCUGUAAGAAAGAGGGUCUCACCUAAAUUCAUCAAUUAGUACAGGUUCAAGUCUGUCGCAGAGCUUUAAUUCAAGUAUAUUUCUUAGUGAUAUUUCUUAGAAUUAAAGUAACCAUAGAUUUUAUAGUUUUUCUGUGCUUGAUGUUGAAAGGAAUUAUGUACAUUGUGAUGACUUAUGGUGGAAUUUUAGUUCAUUAAGGAAUAUCAUGAACCUUUAGAGUUGGAAAAAUUGUAAUCGCCUAACCAAUUUUGUCAAAAGCAACGUUUUCCCGUUGACAACUUAUACCAAGUGCCUGAUGUUAAGCAAAAACACAUGAAAACUCUCUGGAGUGGUAGUAUACAUUAAUAGAUAGAAUGGGCAUGGGAAGGUUGUCAAAGGUUAAAGCAGUAGUGCACAUGAAGACAGUACCUGAAUGUCCCCUAUAAAGUGUGCAUUGGAAGAUAAUUGGAAUAUGAAUAGAGUACUUUUGGCAAUAGAUAAGCUAUGACUGAAUGUGUGGUUGCAGUUGCAGUACUGAAUAUUGAAACAAUUGAGAAACACUACAAGUGCAGUGACAAAACUUUGCACUGAUAAGAGAAGCAUCAUGCUUUUGCAGACAGGUGUACUAAGAAUCAUGAAAGUUCAAAUAGCUAGCAUGUAGGGCUAUUCCAUUGGAAUUCAUGGAAAAUGUAGUUUUUAGCCAUAGAUUUUGUAAAACUUCAAUGUUAGCCAGUAGCAGCAUAUUGUACUUUUAGUUAUUAAAGUAUUUUUGAUAUGAAGUGUCUAGGUGAGAUACAGGGUAAAUAGACAGUGUGAUAAACUAAAAUAUUUUGGUAGUUUUGUCAUUGAAAUUUUACUGUUUAAGUACUGGUCCCAUUAAUGUGAGAAAAUGCCAAGGAUAUAUCAAUCAGUUGAUGAGUAAUGCUUUGUACAGAUAAUGAGGACCACUUUAUGAUACUGUUUGCACUAGCAUUUAUACCAAUUGUAAUCUUUAUCUUUGAUUUGGUACCCUGGCUGAAGUGAUUUUAAUUUUGGUUUUUAACUGGUGUAAUUAGCUUUGCAUGAAUUAGUUGCUUAGGAGGAUUAGAGAUGUUUGAAAUCCUGCAUGUUUUAAUGUAUUGUAUGCAUAGCUGCAUAUACAUCAUAGUUAAUGCAAUAGCAAUUUGUAACUUAACCAUUCAGUGUGUAUUGAUUGCAAUUUUUUCUCCAACUAUAACAUUGAUUUUUCUGUGUAAGCAUUUAUGCUACAAAAACUGAAUUUGAAUAGGUUGUACUGUACAUUAAUUAAAAUACAUUCAAGAGCCUUCUUUGAAGUAACCAAAGAAGUUCAUUUAUUUUUGCUUAUCGUGAGUCUUCCGUUUGGUUUUGUUUCACCCUUUGUUGUGUGUUCUCAAAGCUGGAUAGUACACUAUUUUAUUGCAUGUCUUAUUUAUAACUUCUGUAUUAUCCAUAUCAAUAGCCAUGUAUGUAACAAUGUCAUUUACAUUGCAUGACUGGUAAAUCCUGGUAAUUAUAUGUACUGAGGUAAUUUAUAUAUAGUUUAUGUAUAAAAGAUACUGAUUUUGCAAAUGCUAGAGCUCUUUUAGAUGUUUAGUUUUGCUAAUACCAAAGGAAUUGUACACUACGGUGUAUGAAAGUCAGCACAACUUAUCAAAUAAAUUUAUCCAUUACA